AUGGAGAAGGAACGUAUGCCAUUUAUAAUCGGCGUCUCCGGAGGUCCUUCAUCCGGAAAAACUCUAGUCAUCCAAAGAAUUAUGGAACGUUUCCAAGCCCUCAACGAGAGACCAAGUAAGCAGGUUGCCACCAUUUCUAUGGAGUCAUUCUAUAAGGAGUUGAGUGAAGAAGGCCGUAAAAAAGCGGAGCGGGGCGAGUACGACUUCGAUCAUCCCUCUGCAUUCGAUUUUGACAAGUUUGCCGACACCAUGACUCAACUGGAAAACGGAUUUUCGGUGACGAUUCCACAUUAUGACAAUUUUACGAGCUCAAGAAUUGGCACAAUCACAAUCGAACCUGCCGAUGUCAUUAUGGUCGAGGGUAUCUUGGUAUUCUACGAUGAUCGCAUUAGGCAGAAGUUUGGGAUGAAGUUAUUCGUUGAUGCUGACGCGGAUGUUCGUCUAGCCAGACGAGUUCGACGCGACACUGUUGAGAGGAAAAAGCCAUUACCUUUAGUCCUUGCGCAAUAUACUAAUAUGGUUAAACCAGCUUUUGAAGAAUUUUGCCGACCAACGAUGAAAUGCGCUGACGUCAUUAUUCCCCGAGGAGGUGAGAACGACGUGGCCAUUGAUCUGAUCGUUCAGCACAUUCAGGACCUUCUACGGCCUCCACAACCUAACUAUGAAAGCCACAUUACGUCGAUUGAUGAGAUCGUAGAGGGGAAAAUGGAGAUGGUCUCCAUACACUGA